GAGGAGCACGAGGCUCAGCUGAACAUGGAGGCUCGGCCCAUGGCGGUCAUCCAGGCGGACUACAUGGGGAUGCUCAUUCAGGAGGAGCACGAGGCUCAGCUGAACAUGGAGGGCAUCCAGAUGGACUACAUGGGGAUUCUCUUCCAGGAGGAGCAUCAUCCGUCAUUCCGAAACGCCGGGUCACGGGUAAUUAAGACGUUUGCUGAUAUAGUGGCACUGGAUGGUCUUCGUGCUAUGCGUUUGGACUCCUGUGAUGAUGCAAGUGACUCGGAUAUCUCAUCAGAUGCCGGAGAGUUUGAAAACUUGGACGUGGACUUUGAUGAGGGAAUGUACGUUCCAGAUGAGUUCUCU